GGUGUGUGUGGUUGUUGUGGGGCUCUGAGGCCACGCUACAAGAGACUGGUGGACAACAUCUUCCCAGAGGACCCAGAGGUGAGAGUUCAACUGACACUUCCUGUUUCCUGUGGCCAUGCUCUCUACUUCCUGUGACCUUUUUUGUCAUUUCAAUAUUUCUAGUGGUUUCCUCUCCUGGUCUUCUCUCAUCUGCACUGAUCUGAAAGGACUAGACAGAUAGAAGUGAAUUCCUGGCAGGCAACCUCUGAAUUGCUUUCACCGGUCCUGUCAUAAUGACAGAAUAUGAAGGACAAUAGACAAGGAAAGAAAGUCACUAUUGAGCAAUUGAAGAUAUUCUGCAUAUGCCAUGUCUGUGAAGGAGGAUGAAUUGAAUUAAUUCAUUUGUGAAUAUUAUAAAAAUAGCCCAGUCUACCUGUCAGAUCUGUCGCCAGCCACACAGAGACCUAAUUUAUCUGCUGUGUGUGUGUGUGUGUGUGUGUGUGUGUGUGUGUGCUGCGCUGCAUGCCCCAAAAACCAGUCUGUUUCUAAUUUGGUGUUCUAAGCUCCCGACACAGAGACUGUAACUAAUCUAAUCCCCUCACCCAGGGAAUAACCCACAGCCCUCUGAUAACAUUCACUCAUUCACACUAACACACUGUGUCUGGAAUGUGUGCGUGCGUGCUUGUGUGUGUGUGUGAGACUAACCAGAGCUCUCUGAUAACAUUCACACGGAUGCUGUGGAGAUAAAAAGUGUGUGUACGUGUGCGAGUCUUAAGUGCACAACCUGAGCCUUCAGAUAACAUUGAGUCAGGUAGAACAGACCAAAGUCCUGUUAAUGUGUUUAUCAUAUAGAGUUAUGUAUAGCUCUGUCUGGUAAUGCCUUUUAAAUUUUAUCUGUGUAUUAUUUUCAAUACUUUACCACACAUUUUAUAGUUCAAGCGUUGUAAUAUACAAUGGAGGCAAUUCCUGUGAGCAAAGUUCAUUUUCUUUUAUUGGAUCAUUACUAGUCUGAAUGUAAAUGAGCCCCUAUCUCACCAGACUCUGUGGAUGCUUUUAGUCCUUGUGCCCAGACUGUUUGAGAUCGAGGUGGUGUGUACGUGUGAGAGAGUGUGUGUGUGGCCGCAUGCUUGUGUUGUGUUGUCGUCUUUUUCUUUUUUUUUGUCACCGUUGGUAACUUAAUAACUCAGAGUGUGGUGUUCCACAAGGUUCGAUUUUGUGUCCGGUACUGUUCAGUUUAAAUAUGUUACCCCUUGACAGCAUUGAUUUUCACUGAUAUGUAGACGAUACACAACUUUACAUUUCUGUGUCACCAGAGGAUUUUAGCUCCACGGAUAAAUGAUUAGACUGUAUUAGUGAUUUAAAUACUUGGAUGGCUCACAACUUCCUCCAGCUAAAGACAAGACCGAGGUACUUAUUGUUGGAGCCAAAGCACAGAGAGAGAAUCCAGCCGCACAUUUUAAUUCACGGGCAAUAAAGAUAAAACACCAGGUAAAAAACCUAGGUGUUAUUUUAGAUUCUGAACUAAAUUUCAUUAGGAAUGUGACCGAAAUAGCUUUUUACCACCUGAGGAACAUUGCCAAGGUGCGGCCGUUUCUCUCUCAGGCUAAUACAGAAAGACUCAUCCAUGCUUUUAUUACAAGCAGGCUUGACUAUUGUAAUGCUCUCCUGUCUGGUCUUACCAAGAAAGCCAUUGGUCAACUGCAAAACAUACAGAAUGCUGCAGCACGGGUACUGACCAAGACCAGACGGAGAGCACACAUUACACCGGUUUUAAGGUCACUGCACUGGCUGCCUGUGAGUUUUAGAAUUAAUUUUAAGAUUCUUCUAUUGGUUUUUAAAUCAAUCCACAAUUGUGCACCCCAAUACAUGUCAGACAUGCUUUUAAGUUAUGUACCAAGUAGGUCCCUCAGGUCCUGUGGCACUGGCCUUUUAACUAUCCCAAAGCUGAGGACCAAGAGGCAUGGAGAGACAGCCUUUAGUUAUUAUGCCCCCAGCCUCUGGAAUAACCUGCUAGAGAACCUGAGGGGGGCUGAAACUGUGGACAUAUUUAAAAGAACUUAAACACAUCUUUUUAGCUUUGCUUUUCCUCAGGGUGCUUUUUAGUUGUUCAGUUUGUGUCAUUCUUUUGUUUUUUAUCUUAUGUUUGUUGUGUAGUAAAUAUUUCAGCUUUUAUUUUCAUUGAUUUUUUGUGUUUUUUUCCUGUAAAGCACAUUGCGUUGCAUUCCAUGUCUGAAAUGUGCUGUAUAAAUAAAGCUUGAUUUGAUUUGAGUAUAUUCAUGUCCUGUGGAGACAGUGAACCAAGAACCCAAACCUAACCCCUUUCACCUUCAUCCUCCACCUUUCUCUUUCUCGUCAACCCCCCCCUCUCUGUCUGUCUGUAGGACGGGUUGGUGAAGGCUAACAUGGAGAAGUUGACGUUCUAUGCCCUGUCAGCUCCAGAGAAGCUGGACCGUAUCGGGGCCUACCUGUCAGAGAGGCUCUCCAGGGACGUGGCCCGACACCGCUACGGGUGAGCAACACAACAGUUACACCUGAGCCAUGGAUAUACUGCACAGAGAUCUGUCAACUGUCGUCCAUGUCGGCUCAAAAUGCACCAUGACUAUUAUUACUUUCUCAUUUGCAUUCUAACUUAAUGUAAUGGUCUUAAGACAUAUAGUGUGUGGCAUAACUACCGUGUCUGUGUGUGUGCGCGUGCAUGCGCUUGUGUGUGUUUAGGUACGUGUGUAUAGCUAUGGAGGCUCUGGACCAGUUGUUGAUGGCGUGCCACUGUCAGAGCAUCAACCUGUUUGUGGAGAGUUUCCUCAAGAUGGUCCGUAAGCUGCUGGAGGCCGACAAACCCAACCUACAGAUCCUGGGAACCAACUCUGUGAGUAGAAUAGAAGACACCCACCUUGAUAAACCACCUGAUAAUACACACUAGCAGCUGGUUGCAAGGAAUCCCAAAUAAAUAUAAUUGUAGGUCUAUUCUGUAGGAAAUAACAACAUAAUGAAGCAACGGCCGUGUCAAUACCAGGUAAAUAGCAGAUGCCAGACGGUAAUGUAAACAGAAAGUGUACAUUUUUACCUGGGUGGGGUGGGGGGGGGGGGGGGGGGGGUAUGCAUAGAGAGAGAAUGGUUAUCUGGUUGAUGAGUAGUAGUAGCAGCAGUAGUAGUGGCAGCAGCAGUAGUAGUAGCAGCUAUCAGUGUUAUCAGACAGGGCUGUCAGAGCAGCAGGGUCAGGAGGGGACAGGAAGGAUCAAGGAAAUAACAUUACCCACAGAGACAGACUCGCCACACUGGCAACGCUGUCUAGUGAUACCACGGAUUACACACACACUGAUACACACACACACUGAUACAUACACUUAUACACACACUAGGGUUGGCCGAUUUUACGAUUGCAUCGUCUAUCAACGAUGUUUGACAGCCAUCGUCGAUGGUGACGACAUUGUGAUGUCACAAACGAUGGUUUAGCAUAUUUGAAUUUGACUGCACCUCUGGAGUCUGGUAGCGCGCAGCGCAGGGAGCACACAGCAGGGCGACAUGCCAUGUGGCCUAUUCCCCAUUUGCCAUAGCCUAAAUGUUCAAUACACAUGAGGUAGUUAGACUAACAUAAUGCAAGAGAACAAUGUAGAUUGUAGAAAGAGCUGAGAGCACCAAAGCAGUGCAAAAUGUCAGAUAGGACCUAACGUGUUUUGUUCCCUCCUCUCAAAUGUUGGAUGAUCAUGGGCCUUUUUGAGUCUGGCUUAUUGUUUUAAAAUCUUGAUUUUCCCUUUUUCUCCCCAAUCCCCAUUCAAUUUGAAUGUGACUUGUUGGCCUAGGCAUAGCCUAAUCUUUCAUGAUCAACCAUCGAAUGAAUCUAUAGGCCUAACAGAGUUCCAUCUCAGAAAGGUUUUUGCGAAUAGCCUAAAUAAAAACAUACUAUAGUAAUAAUGAGAGAGAGAACAAACAUCUGCAAUAUAGACUAAUCAAAUAGGAAGUUUAAACAAACCUGGUACGUUUCUGCUUUACUUCACCAAAGUCUAGGCAAAAUAAAUUGUGCCAUCGGAAAAUCCCUCCUUGCAAACCAAACAGCCAAUAGUGCCUUCGGAAAGUAUUCAGACCCCUUGACUUUUUCCACAUUUUGUUACAUUACAGCCUUAUUCUAAAAUGGAUUCAAUAUACAGUGGGGAGAACAAGUAUUUGAUACACUGCCGAUUUUGCAGGUUUUCCUACUUACAAAGCAUGUAGAGGUCUGUAAUUUUUAUCAUAGGUACACUUCAACUGUGAGAGACGGAAUCUAAAACAAAAAUCCAGAAAAUCACAUUGUAUGAUUUUUAAGUAAUUAAUUUGCAUUUUAUUGCAUGACAUAAGUAUUUGAUCACCUACCAACCAGUAAGAAUUCCGGCUCUCACGGACCUGUUAGUUUUUCUUUAAGAAGCCCUCCUGUUCUCCACUCAUUACCUGUAUUAACUGCACCUGUUUGAACUCGUUACCUGUAUAAAAGACACCUGUCCACACACUCAAUCAAACAGACUCCAACCUCUCCACAAUGGCCAAGACCAGAGAGCUGUGUAAGGACAUCAGGGAUAAAAUUGUAGACCUGCACAAGGCUGGGAUGGGCUACAGGACAAUAGGCAAGCAGCUUGGUGAGAAGGCAACAACUGUUGGCGCAAUUAUUAGAAAAUGGAAGAAGUUCAAGAUGACGGUCAAUCACCCUCGGUCUGGGGCUCCAUGCAAGAUCUCACCUCAGCCCAGAACUACACGGCAAGACCUGGUCAAUGACCUGAAGAGAGCUGGGACCACAGUCUCAAAGAAAACCAUUAGUAACACACUACGCCGUCAUGGAUUAAAAUCCUGCAGCGCACGCAACGUCCCCCUGCUCAAGCCAGCACAUGUCCAGGCCCGUCUGAAGUUUGCUAAUGACCAUCUGGAUGAACCAGAGGAGGAAUGGGAGAAGGUCAUGUGGUCUGAUGAGACAAAAAUAUAGCUUUUUGGUCUAAACUCCACUCGCCGUGUUUGGAGGAAGAAGAAGGAUGAGUACAACCCCAAGAACACCAUCCCAACCGUGAAGCAUGGAGGUGGAAACAUCAUUCUUUGGGGAUGCUUUUCUGCAAAGGGGACAGGGCGACUGCACCGUAUUGAGGGGAGGAUGGAUGGGGCCAUGUAUCGUGAGAUCUUGACCAACAACCUCCUUCCCUCAGUAAGAGCAUUGAAGAUGGGUCGUGGCUGGGUAUUCCAGCAUGACAACGACCCGAAACACACAGCCAGGGCAACUAAGGAGUGGCUCCGUAAGAAGCAUCUCAAGGUCCUGGAGUGGCCUAGCCAGUCUCCAGACCUGAACCCAAUAGAAAAUCUUUGGAGGGAGCUGAAAGUCCGUAUUGCCCAGCAACAGCCCCGAAACCUGAAGGAUCUGGAGAAGGUCUGUAUGGAGGAGUGGGCCAAAAUACCUGCUGCAGUGUGUGCAAACCUGGUCAAGACCUACAGGAAACGUAUGAUCUCUGUAAUUGCAAACAAAGGUUUCUGUACCAAAUAUUAAGUUCUGCUUUUCUGAUGUAUCAAAUACUUAUGUCAUGCAAUAAAAUGAAAAAUUAAUUACUUAAAAAUCAUACAAUGUGAUUUUCUGAAUUUUUGUUUUAGAUUCCGUCUCUCACAGUUGAAGUGUACCUAUGAUAAAGAUUACAGACCUCUACAUGCUUUGUAAGUAGGAAAACCUGCAAAAUCGGCAGUGUAUCAAAUACUUGUUCUCCCCACUGUAGGUUACUGUCAAUAAAAGUGGCAAUAAACGUUACUUUUACAAGUUAAACUCAUAAAUGAAUAUUUAUAAUAUUGUCGAAGUGUUUAUUAAUGUUGUGGAAUUGCACAACGAGCAAUCGGGCAUAAGCUCCCGCAGCAGCACUUUCAAUAAGCGGGAACAAAACAUUUAUGAAUGAUGAGUCAGUGUCAUACUUGUCUCACAAACUACUUUAUUUUCAUUAGCUUAGAAAUUGUGCAUUUAUAUAAAUGUCAACAAUCAAAUAAAACAAAUUAUUAUUUAGCUUAUAACAUUCUUUAUAGCCUAACACUUGAAUGAACAUUGGCUUAGGCUAAAAAUGAAUAGGCCUGUUAUCCUUAGGCUGUGCCGUGUACCUAUUGAACUGUAAAAAUCCUAAUUAUACAAUCAGAUAAAACUAAAGAUUAUUUAUAACAUUCGUUAUAACACUUAAACAAAUGAAAACUACUCAAUAUACUGAGCCUAAAUCAGUUCAAUUCAAAUAUCCCUUCUAUGUAUGCAGAUUCCUUGUAUUUAUCUGUGUUUUACAUGGACCCUACACAUUAGUCUAGACUACAUUGCAUUGUCAUACAUGAAAUAACAGUGGCAACAGAUAUCCCAGAGCCCUGGGUACAUCACAACCCCGGUGCUAUUUUAGCCUCUGCGUCUGGUCCAGGUUACCUGCAGUUGUUUAGCUUGGUUUUUCCAUCAGAAUGUGUUUAAUCAGCCAUCUAAUUAUAAAGUCAUCACCACAGGCUGGCUUCAGGAAGGCUUCCCUCUGUUCCGUUCCCAAGAGGGGCACAUUGUUUAGUUGUUAAUUGGGGAGUGGUGUGAAACAAAAUGCCAAAGUGUUAAAGUUGAAAUGGUGACAUUUCAGUGGCAGUCAAAAUCUGUUCUUUGCCUGGCAGUUCAAUACGAUGCUUUAGUGCUACUAUUUUUCCCAGAAAUUAAUUGCAAAAUUCAAUUUGGGAUUUGGGAUUAUAUUAGAAAGCGGAAGAAUAUGACGGUUAGUGCCUAGAGACACAGAUUUAUUGCAUUCUUCUCCAGUUGAGAUGGAGAUUCAUAUUAAUGUACCUCUUUCUCUCCCCCCUCUCUCUCUUUCUCUCUCUCUCCCUCUCUCCCCCUCUCCCUCAGUUUGUGAAGUUUGCCAACAUUGAGGAGGACACUCCAUCGUAUCAUCGCAGCUAUGACUUCUUUGUGUCGCGCUUCAGCGAGAUGUGUCACUCCAGCUACGAGGACCCAGACAUCCGCACCAAGUGAGUGGACGUUAUACAGACAUUAUAUGGAUGUUCUAUGGAGGAUCAAUGGAUGUUGCAGAUUAUUUUUCCAUAUAUAGACAUACACUAUGUGUUAACCUUUUCACGUGUGAGUUCCAAAUAUAUUUAACGGUCGCCCCCAGCCUGAGUUGUUUUAUGCACGUGAUGUCAGAAUGCACUGACUGUUAAGCCGCGCAAUGCACUCACUGUUAAGCCGAGUGCAUUCUGAGUGUAUUCUACGCGUGAUGUCAGAAUGCACUCACUGUUCAAAAAUGUGAUUGUUAUGCAACAGGACAGUUAAGCCGCGCUGCCCUCAAACCAAGACACUGCCUGCUAAUUAUCUAUAGGCUAUAUUUCAACUUGUCAAUUUGAAAUGAUUUUCUAACAAGUUUUAUUUUCUAACAACAGUUUGAAUUGAGGUAUGUUCCGCCUCCUCAUUAAUUCGCAUAGAAGUAGCCCAUUUCACUGUUGCGGCCAAUUUGUGUUUGAGGCUUUACUGAACUGGAUAAAACUUCUCUCUUCGAUGAGAGCCCAAGCACCUCCCCAGUGUUUCCCCAGAUCAAGUAUGCAGACAUUUGCGCAGUCUAGCACAAACUUGUUCCCCCUGGCACAUUUUCUGGCUGGUGCUCGUAUUGCCUUCAUUGUUGUUUUCCUUACAAAUAAUAACUUUGGACAUGUGUGCGUUCCAAUCAAAGUAAGUGCCUUAUUUUCUAUAUAUCGUGUUGUCGUUUCUACUGUAGCAUACCGUAUGUAUGUAUGGAGCGUAAUGUAUUUACAGUUUUUUUCACGUUUUCAUGUGCUGGUGACAAAUCAUGCAUUGCGAUUCUUUCAUAGAUUGUAAUGGACACAUACAGUGCAUUCGGAAAGUAUUCAGACCCCUAGACCUUUUCCACAUUUUGUUAUGUUACAGCCUUAUUCUAAAAUGGAUUACAUUGUUUUUUCUCUCAUCAAUCUACCCCACAAUACCAAACUCAUCUUGUCUCCUCUUCUUAUCUUUAGUUGACUCAACAACAAAAAAACAUGGCGGCGCGCACAAACUACCCAUCGUUGGAUUACUUUAGAUUUUUAGAAAGUGUUUUGCUCAAUUAUUUUGAUCAAUGGUGAGCUCACCCGUGAUGUGAUGAAUUGUUAAUAGUAAUUUCUAUUAGCUAAUUCAUAUUAUGGUUUCUGUCAACAGAGAGUUAGCUAAAUAUGGCCACUUUUGUCAAUCUUUCCUCCGUUAGUGCUAGGACUAAUGUAGCCUACAUUUUCCGGUUUGGAUGAUUGUGUUAUGCUCUCGCCACUUCUGUGAAUGUCCGAACAUUGCAUCCAAAAAUAAACUGGUCACAUUCAGGACAUAAUGUUGUAAGGACUGUGUUUGCAAAAUGUUUCUAUGAAAAAAACAGGGUUGCCAUCUCAGUAGCUGACUGUUGCAUCAAUCGAAACUGGACGUUCUAAAUAAGCUUUCUAAUCACACAGGUUUGAGCAUACGCUGCAGGGACCACUGUAGAAUGAUCACACCCAUGCGUUGGUACGUGUCAAAGGGUUAAAGCACCCUGUUUGAUUAAAUAAUUAAGACACACAAAUGACUCAAGAGGGAGCCAGAGAUCAAGAUAGCUUAACCAAAAGAAAACCUGUUCCUGACCCCCUCCUCCCGCUGCUGCUGGCCUUUGCAGAUUCUGCUGUUAUGCUCCUGAACCUUUUCCAUUUGGAGUGCCAAUUUAUCUUACCAUUUCUGCUGAUCUGCGUGCCAGUUAUGAUUUUCAUAUGUACAUUUUCGUGGAACAGUUUCAUUUAAUUGAUAAUAGUCUUUGUAUCUCAAAAUCAUUGUCAUGUGGUUAAUCUAAAUUCUAUCUGAAUCUAAAAAAAAAUUAUACAAAUAUAAAAGUAACUUCUAUUGCCAACCAUGUAAAAAUAGCCUACAUAAAGCCAACAAAUAAAAACAUUGUAGCCUGCAGGAAGAAAGUAUUCUAUAAAUCACAUUGGCUACGCAUGGCCUGUCUGCAAUGAACUUGAAACAUUGUAUCAACUAUCAACUGUGUCCGGCCCGAAGCUCCUGCUAGCAAACUUGCAACAUUGUAUAAAAUAUUCUGGACCCUCAGUUUCCCGCACCAGUGAGCUAAGCGUACCAGAGAGUCUGUAACACUUUUUUCUUUUUUUGUAAAGCCUUUAUUACAGCAAAGACUAAAAACAGUCGCAUUCAUUUGUGAAUGCAAUUUCUGAAAUGGAACGGUUUAGGCCUAUUUAUUGUUUAUGCUAAUUAUUAAAUGGUCGCCUUGUUAUUUUAAAACUUAAAUGCUUGAUUGCAUUUCAAAUCGUGAAUGACUAGUAUGCUGUGUGAUGACAUGAACAAAUAAAUGAUUGAUUGAUACAGAAGCCUAUAUAAGUAUUGAAAUAGAGGCCUAGGUAAGAUCCGGUAUUAAGACUAAACAGAAGGCACUCUUAGGCCUACAGCUUGAUGGUGGUUAUACAAGGCUGCUAUAAUAAGCCUACUAAUGAUAAUGACAUGACUUAUUAUUAUAAUAAUGAUGAUGAUAAUAAUAAUAGUAAUAAAAAUGAGAAGGAGAUCCAGGAAAAAGGAGGGUUAAUAAUAUUAUUAUUAUUAUUAUAAAUAAAAUAAAUCAGACAAUUUGGAACAGUGUAAACAACAGUGUAAACAACACAAAAUAAAUUAUAAAUAAUACCAGAGAGGCUGGUCUAAUGAUAAAAAAUGUAAAGCCUUUAUUACAGCAUAGCAAAGAUUAAAAACAUUUUGUGAAAUUGUUUAUCCCACAUGUGGUGGCGUGAGGCUUAGUGCUCACGGAAUCAGUAGGCAAUUAAACAAACACACAAACAGGCUUAUUUCUGUAGAUAUAUACACUACCAGUCAAAAGUUUGGACACCUACUCAUUCAAGGGUUUUUCUUUAUUUUUUAUUUUUUUACAUUGUAAAAUAAUAGUGAAGACAUCAAAACUAUGAAAUAACACAUAUGGAAUCAUAUAUUAACCAAAAAAGUGUUAAACAAAUCAAAAUAUAUUUGAGAUUUGAGAUUCUUCAAAUAACCACCCUUUGCCUUGAUGACAGCUUUGCACACUCUUGGCAUUCUCUCAACCAGCUUCAUGAGGUAGUCACCUGGAAUGCAUUUCAAUUAACAGGUGUGCCUUCUUAAAAGUUAAUUUGUGGAAUUUCUUUCCUUCUUAAUGUGUUUGAGCCAAUCAGUUGUGUUGUGACAAGGUAGGGGGGUAUACAGAAGAUAGCCCUAUUUAGUAAAAGAUCAAGUCCAUAUUAUGGCAAGAACAGCUCAAAUAAGCAAAGCGAAACGACAGUCCAUCAUUACUUUAAGACAUGAAGUGCAGUCGCAAAAACCAUCAAGCGCUAUGAUGAAACUGGCUCUCAUGAGGACUGCCACAGGAAUGGAAGACCCAGAGGUUCCCAUAGGGCGGCGCACAAUUGGCCCAGCGUCGUCCGGGUUUGGCCGGUGUAGGCCGUCAUUGUAAAUAAUAAUUUGUUCUUCACUAACUUGCCUAGUUAAAAAAGGUUAAAUAAAAUAAAAUAAAAAGAGUUACCUCUGCUGCAGAGGAUAAGUUCGUUAGAGUUAUCAGCCUCAGAAAUUGCAGCCCAAAUAAAUGCUUCACAAAGUUCAAGUCACAGACACAUUUCAACAUCAACUGUUCAGAGGGGACUGUGUGAAUCAGGCCUUCAUGGUCGAAUUGCUGCAAAGAAACCACUACUAAAGGACACCAAUAAGAAGAAGAGACCUGCUUGGGCCAAGAAACACAAGCAAUGGACAUUAGACCUGUGGAAAUGUGUCCUUUGGUCUGGAGUCCAAAUUGGAGAUUUUUGGUUCCAACCGCUGUGUCUUCGUGAGACGCAGUGUGGGUGAACGGAUGAUCUACGCAUGUGUAGUUCCCACUGUAAAGCAUGGAGGGGGAGGUGUUAUGGUGUGGGGGUGCUUUGCUGGUGACACUGUCAGUGAUUUAUUUAGAAUUCAAGGCACACUUAACCAGCAUGGCUACCACAGCAUUCUGCAGCGAUACGCCAUCCCAUCUGGUUUGGGCUUAGUCAUUUGUUUUUCAACUGGACAAUGACCCAACACACCUCCAGGCAGUGUAAGGGCUAUUUUACCAAGAAGGAGAGUGAUGGAGUGCUGCAUCAGAUGACCUGGCCUCCACAAUCCCCCGACCUCAACCCAAUUGAGAUGGUUUGGGAUGAGUCGGACGGCAGAGUGAAGGAAAAGCAGCCAACAAGUGCUCAGCAUAUGUGGGAACUCCUUCAAGACUGUUGGAAAAGCAUUCCAGGUGAAGCUGGUUGAGAGAAUGCCAAGAGUGUGCAAAGCUGUCAUCAAGGCAAAGGGUGGCUAUUUGAAGAAUCUCAAAUCUCAAAUAUAUUUUGAUUUGUUUAACACUUUUUUGGUUACUACAUGAUUCCAUUUGUGUUAUUUCAUAGUUUUGAUGUCUUCACUAUUAUUCUACAAUGUAGAAAAUAGUAAAAAAUAAAGAAAAACCCUUGAAUGAGUAGGUGUGUCCAAACUUUUGACUGGUACUGUGUGUAUAUAUACUGACAAAAAUAUAAACCAACGUGUAAAGUGUUGGGCCCAUGUUUCAUGAGCUGAAAUAAAAGAUCGCAGAAAUGUUCCAUACACACAAAAGGCUUAUUUCUCUCAAGUUUUGUGCACAAUUUUGUUUACAUCCCUGUUAGUGAGCAUUUCUCCUUUGCCAAGAUAAUCCAUCUACCUGACAGGUGUGGCAUAUCAAGAAGCUGAUUAAACAGCAUUAUCAUUACACAGGUGCCCCUUGUGCUGGGUACAAUAAAAGGCCACUCUUAAAUGUACAGUUUUGUCACACAACACAAUGCCACAGAUGUCUACAUUUUGAGGGAGCGCGCAAUUGGCAUGCUGACUGCAGGAAUGUCCACCAGAGCUGGUGCCAGAGAAUUUAAUGUUUAAUUUCUCUACCAUAAGUCUCCUCCAACGUCGUUUUAGAGAAUUUGGCAGUGCGUCCAACCGGCCUCACAACCGCAGACCACGUGUAACAACGCCAGCCCAGGACCUCCACAUCCGGCUUCUUCACCUGCGGGAUCAUCUGAGACCAACUACCCGGACAGCUGAUGAAACGGAGGAUUAUUUCUGUCUGUAAUAAAGCCCUUUUGUGGGGAAAAACUCAUUCUGAUUGGUUGGGCCUGGCUCCCCAGUGGGUGGGCCUAUGCCCACCCAUGGCUUCUUAGACUGAUGGACUGUGCCAAUCAGACAGGUGUCUUGUACACCAUAAUUAUUAUUAUUAUUAUAUAUUUUUUCUACUGCUCGACUAAAGAGGUCUCGGUCGACCAAUAGCCUAUCAACCAAACAAUCGACCAGUCAACUAAAUGGUGUCACGCCCUGGCUCUGGGGACACUUGUAUGUUGAGCCAGGGUGUGAGUUUCCUUUGUGUAUGCUAGUUGGUGUAUUUCUAUGUUGGCCAGAGUGGUUCUCAAUCAGAGGCAACGAGUGUCAGCUGUUGCUGGUUGCCUCUGAUUGGGAACCAUAUUUAGACAGGCUGUUUUCCCACAGUGGUUUUGGGAUCUUGUUCCAGUGUGGUUUGUGUUAGACCGUGGACGUCACGUUAUCGUUUUGUUGUUUUGUUUGUGUAAUCACUAAUAAAAGAGUAUGUUCGCCUUCAACGCUGCGCCUUGGUCCUCCUCUGUUCCCGACGAUCGUGACAGAAGAUCCCACCAAGACUGGACCAAGCAGCGUGUCCAGGAGCCAUCGCCAGGGAGAUCUCUAGCGGAUCUCCUUCGCCUCCUCGACUGGGUCAAGCCGUGUGAGGAAGAGAGGGGCUUGACUUGGAAGCAGAAGGGCGAAAGGCUGGCGAGAGAUAUGGAGACCUGGUCCACGGGUAGGAGAGAAGCCCAGAUUUUUUUUAAGGGGGGGCUCACGCCGUGGACGACGGGGCAGCAGGAGACCACGAUAGAGCGGCCCAGCGGGUUGGCAGAGGAGGCCGCCAGGUUACGGGGGCCACUGGUCAAAGAGGGGAAGGAAGGUGUAGAGGCACGGCGAGAGGUACUGGGGUGUGUCCCCAGUACGGUCCGGCCCGUUCCUGAUCCCUGCGUAGUGCCAGUGGUGCGCGUCGCCAGCCCGGCCCGGCCCGGCCUGUUCCUGCUCCCCGCACCAAGCCAAUGGUGCGCGUCGCCAGCCCGGCCCGGCCUGUUCCUGCUCCCCGCACCAAGCCAAUGGUGCGCGUCGCCAGCCCGGCCCGGCCUGUUCCUGCUCCCCGCACCAAGCCAAUGGUGCGCGUCACCAGCCUGGCCCGGCCUGUUCCUGCUCCCCGCACCAAGCCAAGGGUGCGCGUCGCCAGCCCAGCCCGGCCUGUUUCCUGCUCCCCGCACCAAGCCAAUGGUGCGCGUCGCCAGCCCGGCCCGGCCUGUUCCUGCUCCCCGCACCAAGCCAAUGGUGCGCGUCGCCAGCCCGGUCCGGCCCUCUCCUGCUCCCCGCACCAAGCCUAUGGUGCGCGUCGCCAGCCCGGCCCGGCCUGUUCCUGCUCCCCGCACCAAGCCAAUGGACCAGGGGUACUUUGGGGGGUUAGAGAGGGAGUGGGGAUCAUGCCCGGAGCCGGAUCCGCCGCCAAGGCGGAGUGCCCACCCGGUCCCUCCCCUGUGGUAUUUGGUUGGCGCGGUCGGAGUCCGCGCCUUUAGGGGGGGGUACUGUCACGCCCUGGCUCUGGGGACACUUGUAUGUUGAGCCAGGGUGUGAGUUUCCUUUGUGUAUGCUAGUUGGUGUAUUUCUAUGUUGGCCAGAGUGGUUCUCAAUCAGAGGCAACGAGUGUCAGCUGUUGCUGGUUGCCUCUGAUUGGGAACCAUAUUUAGACAGGCUGUUUUCCCACAGUGGUUUUGGGAUCUUGUUCCAGUGUGGUUUGUGUUAGACCGUGGACGUCACGUUAUCGUUUUGUUGUUUUGUUCGUGUAAUCACUAAUAAGAGUAUGUUCGCCUUCAACGCUGCGCCUUGGUCCUCCUCUGUUCCCGACGAUCGUGACAAAUGGGGUCAGCCCUAGAGGAACUAUUUGUCAUUCUCAAUAGAUUCUAAAAACAGAGUUUGUUUACUUGCUGUUUGAGGUGAAGAAAAAAUUACUUUGAGAAGCUCCACAGCUUAUUUGUGGUGGUGAGUUAAGACAAUCAGAAAUACUAUCAGACAUCCCCAAAUGGACACAUUUAUAGACUUACAUUUGCGUACAGACCAGGUAGCCUAGGCAUACUUCUAUAUGUGUAAUCAGGUGCGUGUCCUUACAGUAUGAAAAAGUACAAAUAAGUAAAAUUGUGCACUCACUCUGGAAAAGAGCAUCUGCUAAAUUACAAAAAUGUUAAAUGUAAAUGUUUUCAACAUUGACAGGAGUGCUCCAAACAAAGGACAAUGAAUAUAUUGACAAAACUCAUAAAUGGAAUGAAAUAGACCAAAACUUGUUUCUCACAAGUGUAGCAUAGGUUGUGAGCUCUGAAAACGUGUCCACUCCGACAAUGAGAACGGUAAAUGACUGUAAUAAUAAUAUAUUGAAUGCAUUAACAGAAAUUGUAGAAUACAAAUUAUGGGAAUUAAUGGUAAAUGUUAGCUACUACUGGUGAUAUAUGUGAUGGGGAAUUGACACUAACAAUCAAAGGGCAAACAAUUCACACUAAGUUAUGAAACCAUGAAUGCGCAUGAAAUGGCGGGAGAGAGAUGUGCCUUGUGCAUCUUAGCCCCACUCCUCUUCUUCUCGGACCAUGGCAUCCCCGCGGCCCCCUCAAUGGAUUAGUCUGCGAAUCAGACAGGUGUCUCGUGUGCCUUGAAAAACUGCUUGACUAAAGAAAUCUCGGUUGACCAACAGCCUAUCGACCAAACAAUCGACCAGUCGACUAAAUGGGAUCAGCCGUAUUGUAGAUAUUGCGCUAUGUACCAGUACUGUCUUAUACUUGAUUACUUUGUUUCAAAUCUUCUUGAUGGGGAGAGUGUUGAUUUAAGAUUAAAUUAUCCCCGAUUAAUAUCAAGACUGACUGAUUGGUUGGUUGAUUCAUUAAUUUGUCCCCUCUCUCUCCUCUAUAGGAUCCGUAUGGCUGGUAUAAAUGGUCUGCAGGGAGUUGUGAGGAAGACGGUGAAUGAUGACCUACAGUCUAACAUCUGGGACCCCCAGCACAUGGACAAGAUCGUCCCCUCACUGCUCUUCAACCUGCAGAGUGGAGAGGGCACUGAGAGGUGAGAGGUCAAUGUUAGGGGUUAUCAAGAGGCUAGCGGUCAGGGGCAGGGUCAUUAGUAACAGUUUCCUUGGUAGUUCAUUAUAUUAGAAAACUACAAAGAGGUCAUUGAGAGGUUGUAGAGAAGUGACAGCCUGACAGGCAGACAUAUGUCUAUGAUCAAAUAGCCCAUCCAUGUUGUGAACAAGAGGUUAGAAAGUCCAGGCCUACAAGGACUAGAGUAUAGUUGCUGUGGAGGGGUCAUUGUAGCUGUGAGUGGGUGCGCAUGCGUGCUUGUCCAGGUCAGGUUGUGUUUGUGUUGACACUGCCAGCCAGCUGUUAUCCACUCAUCUGUGAUUGAUGUCACUGACAGUCUCAAGGCCAUGUCUUCAGCACUGCAUCCAAGGACAAACAGAGUGAACGUGGGAGGGGGAGAGAGCUGGAGGGAUGAAGAGAUAUAGAGGGAUGGGGAGGGAGAGGAAUGGAGGAAGAGAAGAUGAGAGAAAUACAGAGGUAGGUAAUGAUUGACUCAAAGUGAUAAAGAAAGAUGGAGAAAGACUGAAUUAGAGUGCUAUAAAUAAAUAAAUACAUCUUCAAUACUGAGGGAGCGAAUGAGUCAGGGAGAGAAAAAGAGGGGGCAAUGUGGCAGAGAUGCUGAAAGAGGGAGAGGUGGAUGGAGAGGGUAGUGUGGAGCCAGACAGCCUCCAUCCAGUUUUUGGCAGGUCUCCACAUGCACUGAACCACUCUGACGUCAAUGAGUGAGUGAGUGAGUGAGUGAGAGAGUGAGAGAGAGAGAGAACCUAGUCCAUCUCCUUCUGUUCCUAAGGCCUCAGUAGAUCAGUCAGUCCCCUGUCUGGUCCUUCUGUGUCCUCAUAUAGCUCUCCUGCUGAACUCUCUAUAUUAUCACUGGCCAUAGACAACAGCAGUAGCACUGGGACUAUGAUACUGGCUAAUAACUAUUAUUACUGGCCACAGACAACAGCAGUAGGGCUUAGAGCUUGGACGAUAAACCGAAAAUUAUCGAUACCGACUGAACCAACCAUUUAUCGCAGCCAUUUUACUGAAAUCGAUAAUCACGAUAAAUCAAAUAAAAAUGUAUUUGUCACAUGCACCGAAUACAACAAAUGUAGACUUUACCGUGAAAUGUUUACCUACGAGCCCUUUCCUAGCAAUGCAGUUAAAAAGUAACAAAAUUAACAAAUAGAUCAAAAGAAAAUAGUAACACAAUAAAAUAACAAUAACGAGGCUAUAUACAAGGAGUACCGAGGCUGAGUCGGUGUACUUGGGUAUGAGGUAGUUGGGGUGAUUGAUUGAAGUACUAUGUACAUGUAGGUAGGGGGUGAAAAGCAGAAAGUCUGUGUAGCCAUUUAAUAAACUGAUCAGCAGUCUUAUGGCUUUGGGGUAGAAGCUGUUCAGGAGCCUUUUGGUCCCAGACUUGGUGCUCCAGUACAGCUUGCCAUGUGGUAGCAGAGAGAACAGACUGUGACUUGGGUGGCUGGAGUCUUUGACAAUUUUUAGGGCCUUCCUCUGACACCGCAUGGUAUAGAUGUCCUGGAUGGCAUGGGUGCUUGGCCCUAAUGAUGUACUUGGCCGUACGCACUACCCUCUGUAGCGCCUUGUGGUCGAAUUCCGAGCAGUUGCCAUACCAAGCGGGGAUGCAGCCAGUGAAGAUGCAUUUUGAGGAUCUGAGGGCCCAUGCCAAACCUUUUCAGCCUCCUGAUGGGGAAGAGGCUUUAUCGUGCCCUCUUCACGACUGUGUUGAUGUGUUUGCACCAUGAUGUGGACACCGAGGAACAUGAAGCUCUCGACCGUCUCCACUACAGCCCUGUCGAUGUGAAUGCGGGCGUGCUCGCCCCUCCAGUUCCUGUAGUCCACGAUCAGCUCCUUUGUCUUGCUGAUGUUGAGGGAGUGGUUGUUGUCCUGGCACCACACUGCCAAGUCACUGACCUCCUCCCUGUAGGCUGUUUCAUCGUCGUCGGUGAUCAGGCCUACCACCGUUGUGUCGUCAGCAAACUUAAUGAUGGUUUUGGAGUUGUGUGCGGUCACGCAGUCGUGGGGGGUUCCAGUGUUGAGGGUCAGCGUGGUGAAUGUGUUGUUGCCUACCCUUACCACCUGGGGGAGUCCCGUCAGAAGGUCCAGUAUCCAGUUGCAGAGGGAGGUGUUUAGUCCCAGGGUCCUUAGCUUAGUGAUGAGCUUGGAGGGCACUAUGGUGUUGAACACUGAGCUUUAGUCAAUGAACAGCAUUCUCACAUAGGUGUUCCUUUUGUCCAGGUGGGAAAGGGCAGUGUGGAGCGCAAUAGAGAUUGCAUCAUCUGUGUAGCCUUUACUAGAGGAAUGUGAUGUUUCAAAUAAAAUAAGUCUGCUAAUAUGGACUAUUGCUAACAGGACAAUUGUUAGUUACAACAUUCAAUGUAGCUAGUAGUAGUGGUUUUAAGGGAAAUAUGAAAAAGUUACCGGUGCACAUUUAUGUUAUACAUUUAUCGUUCAAUUUAUUGGUAUCGUGAAAAUUCAGUCAGUUUAUCGUGAUAUCUAUUUUUGUCCUUAUCGGCCAACUCUAGUAUGGCUGCAGGGGCUAGCAGACUAGCUAAUUAACUUAUAAACUGUGGUUAUGUCUUACUCUGAUCAUUUAUUGUAAAGGCAGAAAAUAGGUCUCCCACAAAAAAGAGAUUGUCCUCUCAGGGGACUUGCAGGGUAAAUAAAUACAGGGGAAUGUGAGGACAUAAUUAGAGACAUUUAUCUUGUCACUCAGUGAUUGUUUUUAACCUUUACUUGUUGUUAAGGAAAUGCUAGGCUUAUUGAAAGGUCACUGAUACUAAUCUGCUGUGUACCUUCUCUUGGUGUAUCCAUUGGUUCAUUAAUGGUGAGAAUAUAUAGAAUUUUCUUCUCAUUACCUACAAUUGAAUUGAUGAAAAUGCUGCUAACCAUGUGUUGUGGCAGAAUUUGUUUUGAUUCAUUACCAAGUGUAUGUUUGAUAUCUAAUAUUUUCUGGGGGGUUUAAUGUAAGAGCAUUGCUGCUAAUGAGGGAGUUAUGUAAGGGACCCAUACAGAGACAGGAAGUCCCAUGACCUCUUCUUCAGUGGUGCUGGUGGCGGGAGGGGGGCGAGAAGAAAGGCGUCUGUGGUUAAUAAAUUAUCUUAUUGGAGGACCACCUGAUGCCAGGUGUGGUAGAGAGUAGAAUAGAACAGAGCAGAGUGGCGCUAAGCUGAGGAGAAUGCUUUACUAUGUAUAAGACUAAGGAAAGCCUGGGCCCGAGAGAGAGAGGAGGGAGAAGAGGACUUCAAUGCAAAUUAUACAAAUGUAUAGUAUGCACAGUUGCACACACAUACACACAAGCACAUUAGCACUUUAUGCUCACACACACUCUCACUCUCUUUCACAUUCACGUGUACACACACACACACAUAUACACAGUCACCACUUCAAGUGUAGUCACCACAAACACUCUAUCCUCAUUACAAGCAAGCAACAGAGAGGGAAAAGUACCUCAGGCAGAUAUACGCCAGCAAUUGAUUUUUAUGUGUGUGUCGAAAGCGUGUGAAAGUGUUUUCGUUGACUCAAAUAUAUUUCUGCUCCUCUCUUACUCCUUCUCUACCUGUCUCCUUCCUUCGUCCUACCUUCUUCACCCUCUGUGUCUCUCUCUCUCUCAAUCGCCCUUCGUCCUUUCACCCUCCCUUCCUCUCUCUCUCUGUCUUUCCAGCCGCUCCCCCUCUCCCCUGCAGGCGUCGGAGAAAGAGAAGGAGAGUCCGGCGGAGCUGACGGAGCGCUGUUUCAGAGAGCUGCUGGGACGGGCCGCCUACGGCAACAUCAAGAACGCUGUCACACCAGUACUCAUGUGAGACCUGCUCCCCCUGUGUUUUAGUGGACUAGUGCUGUGUUUUAGUGGAACUAGUGCUGUGGACUAGUGCUGUGCAUUAGUGGACUAGUGCUGUGUAUUAGUGGACUAGUGCUGUGCAUUAGUGGACUAGUGCUGUGUAUUAGUGGACUAGUGCUGUGGACUAGUGCUGUGUAUUAGUGGACUAGUGCUGUGUAUUAGUGGACUAGUGCUGUGUAUUAGUGGACUAGUGCUGUGUAUUAGUGGACUAGUGCUGUGUAUUAGUGGACUAGUGCUGUGUAUUAGUGGACUAGUGCUGUGGACUAGUGCUGUGUAUUAGUGGACUAGUGCUGUGUAUUAGUGGACUAGUGCUGUGUAUUAGUGGACUAGUGCUGUGUAUUAGUGGACUAGUGCUGUGGAAUAGUGGACUAGUGCUGUGUAUUAGUGGACUAGUGCUGUGUAUUAAUGGCCUAGUGCUGUGGACUAGUGGACAAGUGCUGUGUUUUAGUGGACUAGUGCUGUGGACUAGUGGACAAGUGCUGUGUUUUAGUGGACUAGUGCUGUGGACAAGUGCUGUGUUUUACAUUUACAUUUACGUCAUUUAGCAAACGCUCUUAUCCAGAGCGACUUACAAAUUGGUGCAUUCACCUUAUAGCCAGUGGGAUAACCACUUUACAAUAUUUUUUUGUUGUUGUUUGUUUUUUAUUUUAUUUAUUUUUUAAGGGGGUGGGGUGGGGUAAGGGGGGGUAGAAGGAUUACUUUAUCCUAUCCCAGGUAUUCCUUAAAGAGGUGGGGUUUCAAGUGUCUCCGGAAGGUGGUGAGUGACUCCGCUGUCCUGGCGUCGUGAGGGAGCUUGUUCCACCAUUGGGGUACCAGAGCAGCGAACAGUUUUGACUGGGCUGAGCGGGAACUGUGCUUCCGCAGAGGUAGGGGGGCCAGCAGGCCAGAGGUGGAUGAACGCAAUGCCCUCGUUUGGGUGUAGGGACUGAUCAGAGCCUGAAGGUACGGAGGUGCCGUUCCCCUCACAGCUCCGUAGGCAAGCACCAUGGUCUUGUAGCAGAUGCGAGCUUCAACUGGAAGCCAGUGGAGUAUGCGGAGGAGCGGGGUGACGUGAGAGAACUUGGGAAGGUUGAACACCAGACGGGCUGCGGCAUUCUGGAUGAGUUGUAGGGGUUUAAUGGCACAGGCAGGGAGCCCAGCCAACAGCGAGUUGCAGUAAUCCAGACGGGAGAUGACAAGUGCCUGGAUUAGGACCUGUGCCGCUUCCUGUGUAAGGCAGGGUCGUACUCUCCGAAUGUUGUAGAGCAUGAACCUACAGGAUCGGGUCACCGCCUUGAUGUUAGCGGAGAACGACAGGGUGUUGUCUAGGGUCACGCCAAGGCUCUUCGCACUCUGGGAGGAGGACACAACAGAGUUGUCAACCGUGAUGGCGAGAUCAUGGAACGGGCAGUCCUUCCCCGGGAGGAAGAGCAGCUCCGUCUUGCCGAGGUUCAGCUUGAGGUGGUGAUCCGUCAUCCACACUGAUAUGUCUGCCAGACAUGCAGAGAUGCGAUUCGCCACCUGGUUAUCAGAAGGGGGAAAGGAGAAGAUUAGUUGUGUGUCGUCUGCGUAGCAAUGAUAGGAGAGGCCAUGUGAGGAUAUGACAGAGCCAAGUGACUUGGUGUAUAGUGAGAAUAGGAGAGGGCCUAGAACUGAGCCCUGGGGGACACCAGUAGUGAGAGCACGUGGUGCGGAGACAGAUUCUCGCCACGCCACUUGGUAGGAGCGACCGGUCAGGUAGGACGCAAUCCAAGAGUGAGCCGCGCCGGAGAUGCCCAACUCGGAGAGGGUGGAGAGGAGGAUCUGAUGGUUCACAGUAUCAAAGGCAGCAGACAGGUCUAGAAGGACAAGAGCAGAGGAGAGAGAGUUAGCUUUAGCAGUGCGGAGAGCCUCUGUGACACAGAGAAGAGCAGUCUCAGUUGAAUGACCAGUCUUGAAACCUGACUGGUUUGGAUCAAGAAGGUAAUUCUGAGAGAGAUAGCAAGAAAGUUGGCUAAAGACGGCACGCUCAAGAGUUUUGGAGAGAAAAGAAAGAAGGGAUACUGGUCUGUAGUUGUUGACAUCAGAGGGAUCGAGUGUUGUUUUUUUUCGCUCACUUGAAGACGGAAGGGACAUAGCCAGCGGUCAAGGAUGAGUUGAUGAGCGAGGUGAGGUAAGGGAGAAGGUCACCGGAGAUGGUCUGGAGAAGAGAGGAGGAGAUAGGGUCAAGCGGGCAGGUUGUUGGGCGGCCGGCCGUCACAGGUCGCAAGAUUUCAUCUGGAGAGAGAGGGGAGAAAGAAGUCAAAGCAUAGGGUAGGGCAGUGUGAGCAGGACCAGCAGUGUCAUUUGACUUAACAAACGAGGAUCGGAUGUCGUCAACCUUCUUUUCAAAAUGGUUGACGAAGUCAUCCACAGAGGGGGAGGGGGAGGAGGAUUCAGCAGGGAGGAGAAGGUGGCAAAGAGCUUCCUAGGGUUAGAGGCAGAUGCUUGGAAUUUAGAGUGGUAGAAAGUGGCUUUAGUAGCAGAAACAGAUGAAGAAAAUGUAGAGAGGAAGGAGUGAAAAGAUGCUAGGUCCGCAGGGAGUCUAGUUUUCCUCCAUUUCCACUCGGCUGCCUGGAGCCCUGUUUUGUGAGCUUGCAAUGAGUCGUCAAGCCACGGAGCAGGAGGGGAGGACCGAGCCGGCCGGGAGGAUAGUGGACAUAGAGAGUCAAUGGAUGCAGAAAGGGAGGAGAGGAGGGUUGAGGAGGCAGAAUCAGGAGAUUGGAGGGAGAAGGAUUGAGCAGAGGGAAGAGAUGAUAGGAUGGAAGAGGAGAGAGUAGCGGGAGAGAGAGAGCGAAGGUUGUGACGGCGCAUUACCAUCUGAGUAGGGGCAGAGUGAGUAGUGUUGGAGGAGAGCGAGAGAGAAAAGGAUACAAAGUAGUGGUCGGAGACAUGGAGGGGAGUUGCAGUGAGAUUAGUAGAAGAACAGCAUCUAGUAAAGAUGAGGUCAAGCGUAUUGCCUGCCUUGUGAGUAGGGGGGGACGGUGAGAGGGUGAGGUCAAAAGAGGAGAGGAUUGGAAAGGAGGAGGCAGAGAGAAAUGAGUCAAAGGUAGACGUAGGGAGGUUGAAGUCACCCAGAACUGUCAGGGGUGAGCCAUCCUCAGGAAAGGAACUUAUCAAGGCGUCAAGCUCAUUGAUGAACUCUCCAAGGGAACCUGGAGGGCGAUAAAUGACAAGGAUGUUAAGCUUGAAUGGGCUAGUGACUGUGACAGCAUGGAAUUCAAAUGAGGAGAUAGACAGAUGGGUCAGGGGAAAAAGAGAGAAUGUCCACUUGGGAGAGAUGAGGAUUCCUGUGCCACCACCCCGCUGACCAGAUGCUCUCGGGGUAUGCGAGAACACAUGGUCAGACGAGGAGAGAGCAGUAGGAAUAGCAGUGUUUUCAGUGGUAAUCCAUGUUUCCGUCAGCGCCAAGAAGUCGAGGGACUGGAGGGUAGCAUAGGCUGAGAUGAACUCUGCCUUGUUGGCCGCAGAACGGCAGUUCCAGAGGCUGCCGGAGACCUGGAACUCCACGUGGGUGGUGCGUGCAGGGACCACCAGGUUAGAGAGGCAGCAGCCAUGCGGUGUGAGGCGUUUGUAUAGCCUGUGCGGAGAGGAGAGAACAGGGAUAGACAGAGGCAUAGUUGACAGGCUACAGAAAAUGGCUACAAUAAUGCAAAGGAGAUCGGAAUGAAAUGAACUAAACAUCUGGGAAAGAGGGGGGCCUCCCUCACUUACGUUUCACUGACGUUUCACUGAAACACCCAAAUAUAACUCUCCCAACUUCCACCUCAGAAACUAUAAUUGUUGUAAACUACAGCGGUUCAAUGUUUUCGAGGAAUAGACUAACUUAGUUUAUUCAGCUAGCUAACUUGGUACAGUAUUCUUCCGUGAAAACCGUCCAGGGCACCUAGUCAUAUGACGCCACAGCCAACUAGCAUCCGGACUCCAACAACACAGUUUAGCCCAAUCUCGGCCACAACAAACCACCAGUGUGUCACACCAGCAGUAUCGUGUCCGUCUAACGUUUGGGUAGUCCGACAGCUGACAUCCGUCGUAGUGACUAGUGCUGUUUAGUGGACAGUGCAGGUAUCUGUCACAUUGUGACUAGAUCCAGCUGGUCUGUGGGAAUGUUCGUCAUCAGCAGUUCUUAUUUGCUGUCCCUUGUUCUGUGUCUCUCCUGUGGUCUGUCUCAUGGUUAUCUUCUGUUCAUCUCUCUCUGUCUCUCGUCUGUCACUUCUGUACUUCAGUUCUCUUGUCUCUCUCUCUUCUUGUCUGUCUUUCUCCUGUCUGUAACUUUCAUGGUCUUCUCUUCCUUCUCUCUCUUCUUCUGUCUCCCCUCUCUUCUUCCUGUCUUGUCCUGUCUCUGUCCUGUCUCGUCUCUGUCUCUGUUCUCUCUGUCUCUCUCUGUCUCUGUCUGUCUGUCUUUCUCCUGUCUGUAACUUUCAUGGUUACUCUUUCUGUAUCUCUCUCUCUGUCUGUCUGUCUUUCUCCUGUCUGUAACUUUCAUGGUUACUCUUUCUGUAUCUCUCUCUCUCUCUGUCUGUCUGUCUUUCUCCUGUCUGUAACUUUCAUGGUUACUCUUUCUGUCUCCUUUUUCUGUCUGUCUGUAACUUUCAUGGUUACUCUUUCUGUCUCCUCUCUCCUCCAAUCUCUCUUGCUCCUUUUGUUUUUCUCUUGAUUUGAUGGAUGCCACAUUGAAGCUCUGUCUGUACAGUGAGUUCACUUUUUAAUUGUACAAUCAAUGCUUGCUAUAAAUCUCUAUUUUAUGUCUCUUCUCUGUCUCUCUCUCUCUCUCCCUCUCACUCGUUCUCUCACUCCAGGCACUUAGAUAACCACUCUCUGUGGGAGGGGAAGACCUUUGCAGUCCGCUGCUUUAAGAUCAUCAUGUACUCUAUCCAGGUGAGUCACCUCCACUCUAUUGCUCACUCUCUCCAUUCCUUCCUUCCUACCGCCCUAUCUCUCCCCUCUCUCUCCCUCCCUCUCUCUUUGGCAGCUGUUACCUGGGGCUGAUCAAAUAGCAGGUAAGUCAGUCAACCUAAAGUCCUUUUUCUAUCCUCCACCAGCUCUUAGAACAACCUCAUAUUUUCACCCCAAUUCAACUGAAAUCCCAGUUAGAGUUCUCUCUCCCACUCUCUGUGUUGCUUUAAUGUGUGUUUUUAUACUGACCCAAUAGUGGUUUGAAAUUCAUUCUCUCUCUCUCUCCCUCUUUCGCUCUCUCUCUCUCGCUCUCUAUCUCUUUCUCUCCCUCUCUCCCCCUCCUCCAGUCUCAGCACUCUCACCUGGUCAUCCAGCAGCUGCUAGGUCACCUGGAUGCCAACAGUAAGAAUUCAGCCACAGUGCGUGCUGGGAUAGUGGAGGUCCUCCUGGAGGCUGCUGCAAUCGCUUCCAGCGGCUCUGUGGGUGGGUACAAAGAGGUCUGCCGUACACACACGUACAGAUGCACGUAUUUGCACGCACGCGCUUACACACACACACAUACACCUUGUCCUGGCUUGCGUGUCCAGAUCACAUUUUCUUCACACUUCAUUCAGUAUUAUAAUCUGUCCACCAGAGAGAGGUGUGUUAUCAUUGAAAAUGUCUAUCUACUGAAGUAGGGGUUCUUUCUCUAAUGAAGUUUGUGUGUGUGUGUGUGUCUUUCUCAGGCCCCACGGUGUUGGAGGUGUUUAACACUCUGCUGAGGCAGCUGCGUCUCAGUGUGGACUACGAGCUGACCGGCUCCUACGACGCCAGCGGGAAACAUUGGCACCAAGAUCAUCAAAACACAUGAGGAGAGACAGCUACAGGAGGCCGUUAUCAGGACCAUUGGUCAGUCUCUGUGUGUGUGAUUGUCUACUCACACACACACACUAGAUUUGCAGCCAGUCUCUCCUUAAAGGAAAAUUCCACCCAAAAACGAUAUUUUGGUAUUUGUUUCAUUAGUCCAUUGCUGAUGUUUUGCAUGUCAGCAAUCAAAUUUUCAAGAUGUAUAACUACCAAAAGAUAGUUUUGGGGUGGAAUUUUCCUUUAAGGAGAGACUGGCUGCAAAUCUAGUUGUGUGUGUGUGUGUGUGUGUGUGUAUAACAUACUAAUUAAAUGACAAUUUAAUGAACUGACAAGGAAGAAAAUGAUGCCUUCAAUUGAUGUCCUGCUUGACUUUCAUUUGAACUGUUUGUAACUCUCCAGGGUCAUUUGCGAACACCCUCCCUACAUACCAGCGCUCCGAGGUCAUGCUCUUCAUUAUGGGCAAGAUUCCUGUACCAGGGGUACACCCUACACUCACCAACGCAGGCUCCGGGUGAGGGCACACACACACACACACACACACACACACACACACACACACACACACACUCUCACACUUUCCUGACAACUUCUUUUUUAUUUAAAGGGGUUGUGAAGGGACCAGGAUGAUCCAGAUCAUGCUGCUGAAGUCGCUGGUUCAGGUGAGACAUGGAAUUAACAUUAGAAACUUCUCACAUUCAAUCAGUAGUCACCAAACUCUGUGUUCAUGUGCAGAUUUCUGUCAAGUGGCCCACAUCAAUCUUCCUCUUUCUUAAUUUAAAUCUGUCUUUCUCCAUUACCCCAUCCCCCUUCCCCCCCCCCCCCCCCCCCCCCACCCCCCGCCUCCCUCCCCUCCCCACGCUCUCUCUCCUCCCUCCCCCCAGGUGACGACAGGGUUCCAGACCACCAACAUGCUGACGGCGCUGCCCAACUCGUUCCUGGAGCCGCUGCUGUCCUUCUCUCUGAUGGAGGACCCGGAGGUCAGACUGCUGGUGCUCACCAUACUCCUCAGUGUUAUAGACAGACACGACAACACACCCAAGUUCUCUAGCAUCAGGUCAGAACACGCCUCAGGCCAAGCUCUUUAUUGUGCGACUCUUUCACUUUUUCUCUCAUUUGCUUCCACCCGAUCUAUCUUUAUUUCUGCCCCUCAGACCCUCUCUCCAUCCCUUCUCCCUCCUUCCUUCUCUUCCUCUCUCCCCUUCUCUCUAUCCCUCUGUGCUUAUCUUUCACUCUCACUGUCAGUCUUCCGUCUCUUUUUGACUCUACCAUCCCUUCUCUCUCUCUGUCACUAUCAUUAUUUUCUCUGGCUUGUACUUGUCAUUUUGAGGCAUAUCUUAUCUUCUUGACCUCCUUACAGAAGCACUGCGCUAUGCUUUCACUCUCUCUGUAUCUGUCCAUAUAAUAAUGCUAGUCUCCUGUCUCCUCCUACAGCAUUAUAUCAGAUAUCUCUGUUCUCAAACUGAAAGUGGACAAAUGCUCUCGACAGGACAACCUUUUCAUGAAGAAGGUAAACCUCUCUAUCACCAUCUCUCUCCAUCUUCCUCUGUCUCUCUCUCUCUCUCUCGCCAUCUCUGUGUGCCACUCCCUCCUGCCUCACUUCCCUCUCUUUCUAUAUUUCACAGCAUGCACAGCAGUUGUACCGCCACAUCUACUUGGCGUGUAAGGAGCAGAGCAGCGGUCCGCAGCACUUUGAGACGCUCUACACCCUUCUGGCCCUCAUCAGCAUGGAACUGGCCAACGAAGAGGUGGUGGUGGACCUCAUCAGACUGGCCCUGGCCCUGCAGGUACACACACACACACACACACACAAACACACACGAGCGCACACGUACACGCACAUACUCGUAACUACACACACACGCACUCACACUUAAGCCUCCCAGGACCAAGGUUAUCAGUGUGAUCUCUCUCUCUCCUGUAGGAAUUGGCUCAGACCAACGAGGAGUCUCUGUCAGUGUAUAACCGCUGUGCUGUCCAUGCCCUCUCUGCUGCCUACCUCAACCUCAUCUGUCAACUUACCACCGUCCCCACCUUCUGCCAGCACAUACACGAGGUACCUGUGUGCAUCAGACCACUCUCUGCCUGCAAUGUGCAUUAACAUCUAUAACUACACUAAUGAAUGACUUGUGUGUUGCUCACUCCCUCCCAGGUGAUUGAGAUGAGACAGAAGGAGGUGCCCUUCCUUCUCCCUGAGGACAUCUUCAUAGAAAACCCCAAGUAGGUUUACAUCAGUUUGAUAUUUGUUAAGAUUGGUAUAGGUAAAGCAGUGUUUCCCCUAGGUUUUUUGUCAGCAGUGGUGGCAAGGGUAUUGGGGGGAGGGAAGGGGGUGUCAUUGCUACUAGCAUUAGCACAAUGACAUGCUAGCUUUCCCCAUAGACUUCCAGUCAUUGAGCCAACAACUAUCCAAUUAAAAACGCGUCUCGGCAGAAAUAUAUACAGUGAGGGGAAAAAAGUAUUUGAUCCCCUGCUGAUUUUGUACGUUUGCCCACUGACAAAGACAUGAUCAGUCGAUAAUUUUAAUGGUAGGUUUAUUUGAACAGUGAGAGGCAGAAUAACAACAAAAAAAUGUUAUAAAUUGAUUUGCAUUUUAAUGAGGGAAAUAAGUAUCACAGAGGUCAGAUGUUUCUUGUAGUUGGCCACCAGGUUUGCACACAUCUCAGGAGGGAUUUUGUUCCACUCCUCUUUGCAGAUCUUCUGCAAGUCAUUAAGGUUUCGAGGCUGACGUUUGGCAACUCGAACCUUCAGCUCCCUCCACAGAUUUUGUAUGGGAUUAAGGUCUGGAGUCUGGCUAGGCCACUCCAGGACCUUAAUGUGCUUCUUCUUGAGCCACUCCUUUGUUGCCUUGGCCGUGUGUUUUGGGUCAUUGUCAUGCUGGAAUACCCAUCCACGACCCAUUUUCAAUGCCCUGGCUGAGGGAAGGAUGUUCUCACCCAAGAUUUGACGGAUUUGACAGAUUCUCUUCUGUCAAAGAAUCUGUCCAUCGUCCCUUUGAUGCGGUAAAGUUGUCCUGUCCCCUUAGCAGAAAAACACCCCCAAAGCAUAAUGUUUCCACCUCCAUGUUUGACGGUGGGGAUGGUGUUCUUGGGGUCAUAGGCAGCAUUCCUCCUCCUCCAAACAUGGCGAGUUGAGUUGAUGCCAAAGAAAUCAAUUUUGGUCUCAUCUGACCACAACACUUUCACCCAGUUCUCCUCUGAAUCAUUCAGAUGUUCAUUGGCAAACUUCAGACGGCCCUGUAUAUGUGCUUUCUUGAGCAGGGGGACCUUGCGGGCGCUGCAGGAUUUCAGUCCUUCACGGCGUAGUGUGUUACCAAUUGUUUUCUUGGUGACUAUGGUCCCAGCUGCCUUGAGAUCAUUGACAAGAUCCUCCCGUGUAGUUCUGGGCUGAUUCCUCACCGUUCUCAUGAUUAUUGCAACUCCAUGAGGUGAGAUCUUGCAUGGAGCCCCAGGCCGAGGGAGAUUGACAGGUCUUUUGUGUUUCUUCCAUUUGCGAAUAAUCGCACCAACUGUUGUCACCUUCUCACCAAGCUGCUUGGCGAUGGUCUUGUAACCCAUUCCAGCCUUGUGUAGGUCUACAAUCUUGUCCCUGACAUCCUUGGAGAGCUAUUUGGUCUUGGCCAUGGUGGAGAGUUUGCAAUUAUAUUUACAUUUACGUCAUUUAGCAGACGCUCUUAUCCAGAGCAACUUACAAAUUGGUGCAUUCACCUUAUAGCCAGUGGGAUAACCACUUUUUUUUCCAACAUUUUUUUUUCUUUUUUUUUGGGGGGGGGGGUGGUGGGUUGGGGUAAGGGAGGGGUAGAAGGAUUACUUUAUCCUAUACCAGGUAUUCCUUAAAGAGGUGGGGUUUCAAAUGUCUCCGGAAGGUGGUGAGUGACUCCGCUGUCCUGGCGUCGUGAGGGAGCUUGUUCCACCAUUGGGGUGCCAGAGCAGCGAACAGUUUUGACUGGGCUGAGCGGGAACUAUGCUUCCGCAGAGGAAGGGGAGCCAGCAGGCCAGAGGUGGAUGAACGCAAUGCCCUCGUUACAUUUUUGACAUGCGUUUUUCUGGAUUUUUUUGUUGUUAUUCUGUCUCUCAUUGUUCAAAUAAACCUACCAUUAAAAUUAUAGACUGAUCAUUUCUUUGUCAGUGGGCAAACAUACAAAAUCAGCAGGGGCUCAAAUACUUUUUUCCCUCAAUGUAUAUAUACAGUUGAAGUCGGAAGUUUACAUACACUUAGGUUGGAGUCAUUAAAACUUGUUUUUCAACCACUCCACAAAUUUCUUGUUAACAAACUAUAGUUUUGGCAAGUCGGUUAGGACAUCUACUUUGUGCAUGACACAAGUAAUUUUUCCAACAAUUGUUUACAGACAGAUUAUUUCACUUAUAAUUCACUGUAUCACAAUUCCAGUGGGUCAGAAGUUUACAUACACUAAAUUGACUGUGCCUUUAAACAAAAGGGGAUGCCUUGCAAGCCGAAGAACACCGUCCCAACCGUGAAGCACGGGGGUGGCAGCAUCAUGCUGUCGGGGUGCUUUGCUGCAGGAGGGACUAGUGCACUUCACAAAAUAGAUGGCAUCAUGAGGAAGGAAAUGUAUGUGGAUAUAUUGAAGCAACAUCUCAAGACAUCAGUCAGGAAGUUAAAGCUUGGUCGCAAAUGGGUCUUCCAAAUGGACAAUGACCCCAAGCAUUCUUCCAAAGUUGUGGCAAAAUAGCUUAAGGGCAACAAAGUCAAGGUAUUGGAGUGGCCAUCACAAAGCCCUGACCUCAAUCCUAUAGAAAAGUUGUGGGCAGAACUUAAAAAGUGUGUGCGAGCAAGGAGGCCUACAAACCUGACUCAGUUACACCAGCUCUGUCAGGAGGAAUGGGCCAAAAUUCACACAAUUUAUUGUGGGAAGCUUGUGGAAGGCUACCUGCAACGUUUGACCCAAGUUAAACAAUUUAAAGGCAAUGCUACCAAAUACUAAUUGAGUGUAUGUAAACUUCUGACCCACUGGGAAUGUGAUGAAAGAAAUAAAAGCUGAUAUAAAUCAUUCUCUCUACUAUUAUUCUGACAUUUCACAUUCUUAAAAUAAAGUGGUGAUCCUAACUGACCUAUGACAGGGAAUGUUUACUAGGAUUAAAUGUCAGGAAUUGUGAAAAACUAGGUUUAAAUGUAUUUGGCUAAGGUGUAUGUAAACUUCCGACUUCAACUGUAUAUAUAUAUACAAAAAAUAUAUAUAAUAUAUAUAUCAUAUUUUUUGCAGCGGUGGCAACAGUUUAGCAGUAGUGGGGGAAACACUGGGGGGAAAACACACAUUAUAGGGGAAACACUGGGUAAAGCUGAUCAUGGGACAGUGGUUAGGCCAAAAGAAGACAACCCUGGAAAUGAAGUGCCACAGUACAGAGGAACAAGACUGUGAUUAUCUAAUGUUUUCUAUCCCAUGGGGGAUAGCGCAAGGACACCGUCAUGCAACAAAGUCAAUAUUUGUCCAAUCCGUCAUGAUUUAUGUGGUCUAACAGGCCCAAUGUGGUUACUAAAAUUUGAUUUGGAUAUAUAUGGCUGUUUUCGCUGCAAGGUGUCCCUUUUUGGGUUUAGAAAAAGUGUCUGCUAAAUGCUAAUUCCCGUUCGUACAAGCUAGCCAUAUAAAAAUCGGUGGUGGUAGUUGAAGCCAUUUUUAAGUGUAAUGCAGUUGAUUGGUGAUGAUGACAUGAACAUAUAUUGGGGGUUGACUUCCACACAAGCACUUAGAUUCUUACCCCAACAAAGUGUGAAAAAAUAAUUUUGAUGGCCGGUAAUGAGGAGUUUCUGUAUCUAUUCCCCAUGUGUGCAUGGUGUUUCCAUGGCAUUUCCAUUGUUUUGGUCGAACUCUUACCUGAUAUAUCGCUGCUAGGGGACAGUACAGCUAAAAUAGUGGUCUUUAGAUUAAUAUAAUGCUAAUAUAUGUGUAUACAUAUAUCAGCUGGUAGAGCACGGCGCUUGUAACGCCAAGGUAGUGGGUUCGAUCCCCGGGACCACCCAUACACAAAAAUGUAUGCAUGCAUGACUGUAAGUCGCUUUGGAUAAAAGCGUCUGCUAAAUGGCAUAUUAUUAUUAUUAUUAUUAUUAUAACAUGCAACAUGCAACAAUUUCAACGAUUUUACUGAGUUACAGUUCAUAGGAAAUCAGUCAAUUGAAAUAAAUUCAUAAGGCCUUAAUCUAUGGAUUUCACAUGACUGGGAAGGGGCUCAAAACUUGAGACAUCUGUGGCAUUGUGUUGUGUGUCAAAACUGCACAUUUUAGAGUGGACUUUUAUUGUCCCCAGCACAAGGUGCACCUGUGUAAUGAUCAUGCUGUUUAAUCAGCUUAUUGAUAUGCCACACCUGUCAGGUGGAUGGAUUAUCUUGGCAAAGGAGAAAUGCUCACUAACAGGGAUGUAAACAAAUUUGUGCACAAAAUCUGAGAUAAAUAAUUUCUGGGAUCUUUUAUUUCAGCUCAUGAAACAUGGGACUAACACAUGUUGUGUUUAUAUUUUUGUUCAGUGUAUAUACAGUAUAUAUAGAUAUGGUUCGUUCUACUAAAAGAGUGCCUUUUGCGUCCCUUUGAUAUUUUAAGUAGAAAUGUUGCCCCAAUAUUGCACCCUGUGUAACUUUUAGGAAGAUUUUAACCCACUUAACCCCACAAUUUCUCCAAGUUUUCACCAUCAUUGUAACGCCCUAGUUAUAUUCAAAUCAAAUCAAAUUGUAUUUGUCACAACAGGUGUAGACCUUACCGUGAAACGCUUACUUACAAGCCCGUAACCAACAAUGCACUUAAGAAAAUAAGAGUUAAGAAAAUUACUAAAUAAACUAAAGUAAAAAAAGAAACAAUAAAAUAACAAUAACAAGGCUAUAAACAGGGGGUACCGGUACCGAGUCAAUGUGUGGGGGUACAGGUUAGUCGAGGUAAUAUGUACAUGUAGGUAGGGGUAAAGUGACUAUGCAUAGAUAAUAAACAGUGAGUAACAGCAGUCUUAUGGCUUCAGGGUUGAAUCUGUUAAGGAGCCUUUUGGACCUAGACUUGGCGCUCCAGUACCGCUUGCCUUGCGGUAGCAGAGAGAACAGUCUAUGACUUGGGUGGCUGGAGUCUUUGAAAAAAUGUUGGGCCUUCCUCUGACACCGCCUAGUAUAUAGGUCCUGGAUGGCAGGAAGCUUGGCCCCAGUGAUGUACCGGGCUGUACGCACUACCCUUUGUAGCGCCUUACGGUUGGAUGCCGAGCAGUUGCCAUACCAGGCGGUGAUGCAACCGGUCAGGAUGCUCUUGAUGGUGCAGCUGUAGAACAUUUUGAGGAUCUGGGGACCCAUGCCAAAUCUUUUCAGUCUCCUGAGGGGGAAUAGGCGUUGUCGUGCCCUCUUCACGACUGUCUUGGUGUGUUUGGACCAUCAUAGUUUGUUGGUCCAAGGACACCAAGGAACUUGAAACUCUCUACCCGCUCCACUACAGCCCCGUUGAUGUGAAUGGGGGCGUGUUCAGCCCUCCUUUUCCUGUAGUCCACGAUCAGCUCUUUUUUCUUGCUCACGUUUGUUGCGUUGACAAAGUAAUUUCUGAAGAUUAUGAUUUAUUUAGUGUGAUUAGUGAUUCAUCUACGUCUACAGUGUCUUCAGAAAGUAUUCACACCAUUCGACUUUUCCCACAUUUUGUUUUGUUACAGCCUGAAUUUUAAAUGGAUUAAAUCGCGAUUUUGUAUCACUGGCCUACACACAACACCCCAUAUUGUAGAAGUGGAAUAUGUUUUUAGAAUUGUACAAAUUAAUAAAAAAUUAAAAGCUGAAAUGUUCUUAGUCAGGUUUUCAACCCCUUUGUUAUGGCAAAUCUGAAAGCAGACAUUGAAUAUCCCUUUGAGUAUGGUAAAGUUAGUAAUUACACUUUGGAUGGUGUAUCAAUACACCCAGACACUACAAAGAUAUAGGCGUCCUUCCUAACUCCGUUGCCUGAGAGGAAGGAAACCACUCAGGGAUUUCACCAUGAGGCCAAUGGUGACUUUAAAACAGUUACAGAGUUUAAUGGCUGUGAUAGGAGAAAACUGAGGAUGGAUCAGCAACAUUGUAGUUACUCCACAAUACUAACCUAAAUGACAGAGUGAAAAGAAGGAAGCCUGUACAGAAUACAAAUAUUCCAAAACAUGCAUCCUGUUUGCAAUAAGGUACUAAAGUAAAACUGCAGAACAUUUGGCAAAGAAAUGAACUUCAUGUCCUGAAUACAAAGUGUUAUGUUUGGUGCAAAUCCAGCACAACACAUCACUGAGUACUAGUACUAGCACCCAAAAUUUUUUUUUUUUUCACUUUGUCAUUAUGGGGUAUUGUGUGUAGAUGGGUGAGAAUUAUUAUGUUUUUUUUUUUAAAUUGACAAAAUGUGGAAUAAGUCAAGGGGUAUGAAUACUUUCUGAAGGCACUGUAUGUUAUUAUAGUAUAGGUCUCUAGUUCUUACUGUGGGUCUCAGUGGUAGUUCUGAGCGAUUAACCCCAAAUGUUAGUUCUUUUGGGUUUUUUAAACAACUAAUUGACCGACAUCGGUUCAAUUAUUUGAAUUACAUUUCAUUCAGUUUUUUUCUGCAAGCUCAAUGCAGACAUUGCACAGUUUCUCUAGAGAUAAAUCAGAUCCAGAUUGAACUGUGCGAUGUAGUAGGGAGUUGUAGUUUCCAACAGGCCAAUAUUCCACGUAGUUUAUCACAUAAAACAUGGUAAUUAACUACAAUGACCGUAAUCCAUUGUGCGUCUACUUGUCUGGUCUGUGUUUCUUUUAUGCCUGCUACGGAAGAAACAGAAGAAUGCGCGAUCGUGAGGGGAUAUAGAGAGCAGCUGUUGCUCUGCGAGGUAUCUCUACCUGAAAAUACAUGAUCAUAAAAGUAUGCCUUAUUUACUUUGAAGAACAACAAAUAGUGAUUUUGUCAGACAGCAUAGGCAGCAGCUCUAUAUAGAUGAGAUGAAGACUUGGAAUGAAAUAAUAAAGUAAUCAAUUAAAACAAAUGUAAUUGUCACGAUCGUCAUAAGCAACGGAUCAAGGCGCAGCAUGAUAUGCGUACAUCUUUUAAUGAGUACUUUAUACACUACAAAAAAAAAAAAAACGAUACAUGAAGUCCUAAGGUUAACAAAACACAAACCUCUCCGGAACAAGAUCCCACAAAAGACAAGUGCACAACAGGCUGCCUAAGUAUGGUUCCCAAUCAGAGACAACGAGCCACAGCUGUCUCUAAUUGGGAACCACCCCGGCCAACAUAGAAACACAUAAACUAGAACAUAGAAAACGAAACAUAGAACCUAACACCCAGAAACUAACAGAUAGAAACUAACACCCUGGCUCAACAUAUAAAAGUCCCCAGAGCCAGGGCGUGACAGUACCCCCCCCCCCAAAGGCGCGGACUGCGACCGCGCCAACUAAACCCAACAGGGGAGGGGCCGGGUGGGCAUUCCGCCUCGGAGGCGGAUCCGGAUCCGGGCGUGACCACCACCCUCUAACUAACCCCCCGUAGCGCCCCUGGUCUGGUCCCGCUGGCUGGAGCUGGACUGGACAUCGGUGGAGCGGAUUGCUUAGGCUCCGGUGUGGAGCAGCUGACCGGUACCUGACCAGGCACUGGUGAAACAGGCACGGGCUGUGCCGGACUGACGACGCGCACCACAGGCUUGGUGCGGGGAGCAGGAAUGGGCCGGACCGGGCUGACGACGCGCACCACUGGCUUGGUGCGGGGAGCAGGAACGGGCCGGACCGGGCUGGCGACGCGCACCACUGGCUUGGUGCGGGGAGCAGGAACGGGCCGGACCGGGCUGGCGACGCGCACCACUGGCUUGGUGCGGGGAGCAGGAACAGGCCGGACCGGGCUGGCGACGCGCACCACAGGCUUGGUGCGAGGGGCAGGAACAGGCCGGGCCGGGCUGGCGACGCGCACCACAGGCUUGGUGCGAGGGGCAGGAACAAGCCGGGCAGGGCAGGCGACGCGCACCACAGGCUUGGUGCGAGGGGCAGGAACAGGCCGGGCCGGGCUGGCGACGCGCACCACAGGCUUGGUGCGAGGGGCAGGAACAUGCCGGGCCGGGCUGGCGACGCGCAUCACAGGCUUGGUGCGAGGGACAGGAACAGGCCGGACCGUACUGGGAACACACACCACUGGCCUUGUGCGGGGAUCAGGAACAGGCCGGACCGGACUGGUAACACACCCCAGUACCUCUCGCCGUGCCUCUACACUCUCCUUCCCUCUAAUGACCAAUGGCCCCCGUAACCUGGUGGCCUUCUCUCCUAGUCCACAAUCUCGCCCUGUAGCUGCCUCCAGCAGCCCCGUCGUCCAUGCCGUGUGCCCCCCCCAAAAAAUGUAUAGGGGUUGCCUCUUGCGUGUCCGACGUCGGCACGGUUGGCGCCGCUGCUCCUCUCUAUGGCGCGCCUCCACCGUCUCCUCCCACGGACGGCGAUCCAUUCCGGCCUGGAUUUCCUCCCAAGUCCAGGAUCCCUGCCCGUCCAAGAUCUCCUCCCAAGUCCAGGCUUUCUGCUCCUGGACACGCUGCUUGGUCCUGUUAUGGUGGGAUCUUCUGUCACGAUCGUCGUAAGCAACGGAUCAAGGCGCAGCUUGAUAUGCGUACAUCUUUUAAUGAGUACUUUAUACACUACAAAAAAUUUUUUAAACGAUACGUGAAGUCCUAAGGUUAACAAAACACAAACCUCUCCGGAACAAGAUCCCACAAAAGACAAGUGCACAACAGGCUGCCUAAGUAUGGUUCCCAAUCGGAGACAACGAGCCACAGCUGUCUCUAAUUGGGAACCACCCCGGCCAACAUAGAAACACAUAAACUAGAACAAGAACAUAGAAAACGAAACAUAGAACCUAACACCCAGAAACUAACAGAUAGAAACGAACACCCUGGCUCAACAUAUAAAAGUCCCCAGAGCCAGGGCGUGACAGUAAUAUACCCAACAACUGAAAUAUUUUAGUAAAGUAAUGUGAUUUUUAAAAAUUGUUUUAUUCUGUGUUACAGCAUUCAACCCAAAUAAUCGAACCCCCCCCCCCCCCCCCCAAAAAAUGAAUAUUUUUUAAUAAAUCACAAUUUUUUCGAACCGAACUGACCUCAAAAUGCACUAAUCGCUCAGCACUACUCAGUGAACAAGAGUAGUAGUCUGGGUUCUUGCUCUUCCCACAGCCCUCUUCCCUCUAGUGCUCUUUCCAUUAGAAAGAAACUUCACUUAUAAUUCAUGAAGCAUUCAGCCACGUUCAGUCAGUCAACACAGCUUUUAACAGACCUUCCUUCCUUUUCGGCUCAACCCGAAAAUCCUUUUAGUGACGCAUUUAAAGAGAGUUAUUCUGAGUUCUGUUUGUGUCUGUGAGUGCAUGCUCUUUGCUGUUUGUCGCUCUGUGAACUUCCUCAAGGCUUUUGUGAACUCUCUACAGAUGAAAGCGGUGCAGCUUAUGGAUGUAGGGUUACUUUCCUCCAUAUAUUGCUUUCAUACUUAAUCUCCCCAGUCUUAUAAGAUGUGGAGUAAAUAAGAUCUGGAUAUGGAGGAAAUGGAGAGGUCUCCUCCCGUCCUGUCCUUCUCUUAUCUUCCUUCUGUCUUUCCAUGUCUUCUGUCUCCGUCCUGUCCCUCUCUUCUUUCAUCUCUCUUCUCCCCCAUCUCUCUUACGGUUUGUCUUCUGUCUCUGUGCUCUCCGUCUGUUCUUUCCCCUCUCCCAGGCUCCCUGCCUCUCUGGAGAAGUUGGAGGGGGAUGUUCUGUUCCAGCAGUCUAAGAUCACGGAAGUCCUGGGGGGCAGCGGCUACAACACAGACAGACUGGCCACACUCUACAUCCCUCAGUUCACAGGUAACACACACCUUUCAACAUGCACAGGAACAUGUGCUUAACUCUUACUAAGAUCAGUAGCUUCAAUAAGGUGGGGUGAUGAGGAGUAAUCCAACUAAAAUGGUUAACCUUUCAAACAGCAAUGCAUGCAGCCUGUGUUUUGAGCCAUGCCUGUAGAGUGUGGUGAAUGGAAAUAGAGGUGAAUUGCACCUCUUCUACAAUGCACUUGAGUUAAUAGUGUGUACUGUACCUACGUCAUUGGGUGACCACUUUGUUGUUGAUUGAAUCCCAGAUUGCCCUUUUAAUCCCAAGUCAUUGUACUCAUCGUGGGUCAUUGUUCAGCUAAGUUGUUGUGCUCUUUCUCUAGACGAGGACCGUCUGUCCAAGAGGAAGAGCAUUGGAGAGACCAUCUCACUACAGGUGGAGGUGGAGUCUAGGAACAGCCCAGAGAAAGAGGAGGUAAGGAGAAACACAAACACGUGCACACCAAAAAUGUCCCUCAGCUCUUCCGUCCCUCACUCUCUCUCUCAUUCUACAGAGGACUCCAGCAGAGGAGAUCACAUUUGAAACUCUGAAAAACGCCAUCGGUAAGUACCCAUCAGCGCUGUAUCACUCAUGAGUCAUUUGGUCAGGCAUCAGGACAUUCAGUUAGCAGACAGUGUUCUAUUGGACCAUUAUCAAUCUGUCCCUCCAAGGACAUAGUGAUUGUAUCAGCGGUACAACAAUACUGAGGUGUGUGUGUCUCCUCAGUGGACAGUGUGGGGAUGGAGGAGCAGGAGAGAGAGCGCAGAAGGCAGGUGGUGGAGAAGUUCCAGAAGGCCCCCUUCGAGGAGAUCGCUGCCCACUGCGGUGCCAGGGUAAACCCCCAUGUUUAAAGAACCAAAAUUCUGCAGUUGCAUGAUUUGAAUAUCACUGAGUUUUUCAAUCCAUUGUCUUACUUGCAUAUUUUUUAUUUUGUGGCUUCAUCUGAUGUGCACAUUCUAAAUCUGACUCUGACGCUGGUCUCUGCUUGUUCUUUACAGGCCACAUUGCUGCAGAGCAAACUCAAUCAGAUCUUUGAGAUCACAAUCAGGUAAGAAACAAGAAGAAUAGAAAGAACAGUCCAUACAAAAGCUAUGAUGAUGUAAUUCCCACUUUAGAAGUGUUCAGAAACAUCUUAUCUACUAACUGGAGAAAUGUUAUUUCUAAGUGAUCAUUCACCAUUCAGUUCCUUAUGGGCAAAACGUAACCCAAAACAAACUGCAAAUGCAUCCAUUGAGUUUGUAGUGUCACAAGCUUGAUGUACACUACCGUUCAAAAGUUUGGGGUCACUUAGAAGUGUCCUUGUUUUUGAAAGAAAAGCUCUUUUUUUUGUCCAUUCAAAUAACAUCAAAUUGAUAAGAAAUACAGUGUAGACAUUGUUAAUGUUGUAAAUGGCUAUUGUAGCUGGAAACAGCUGAUUUUUAAUGGAAUAUCUACAUAGGCGUACAGAGGCCAAUUAUCAGCAACCAUCAGUCCUGUGUUCCAAUGGCACGUUGUGUUUGCUAAUCCAAGUUUAUCAUUUUAAAAGGAUAAUUGAUCAUUAGAAAACCCUUUUGCAAUUAUGUUAGCACAGCUGAAAACUGUUGUGCUGAUUAAAGAAGCAAUAAAACUGGCCUUCUUGAGCCUUGUUGAGUAUCUGGAACAUCAGCAAUUGUGGGUUUGAUUACAGGCUCAAAAUGGCCAGAAACAAAUAACUUUCUUCUGAAACUCGUCAGUCUAUUCUUGUUCUGAGAAAUGAAGGCUAUUCCAUGCGAGAAAUUGCCAAGAAACUGAAGAUCUCGUACAAUGCUGUGGACUACUCCCUUCACAGAACAGCGCAAACUGGCUCUAACCAGAAUAGAAAGAGGAGUGGGAGGUCCCGGUGCACAACUGAGCAAGAGGAAAAAUACAUUAGAGUGUCUAGUUUGAGAAACAGAUGCCUCACAGGUCCUCAACUGGCAGCUUCAUUAAAUAGUACCCGCAACGUCAACAGUGAAGAGGCGACUCCGGGAUGCUGACCUUCUAGGCAGAGUUGCAAAGAAAAAGCCAUAUCUCAGACUGGCCAAUAAAAAGAAAAGAUUAAGAUGGGCAACAGAACACAGACACUGGACAAAGGAAGAUUGGAAAAAAGUGUUAUGGACAGACGAAUCGAAGUUUGAGGUGUUCGGAUCACAAAGAAUAACAUUUGUGAGAUGCAGACCAAAUGAAAAGAUGCUGGAGGAGUGCUUGAUGCCAUCUGUCAAGCAUGGUGGAGGCAAAUGUGAUGGUCUGGGGGUGCUUUGGUGGUGGUAAAAUGGGAGAUUUGUACAAGGUAAAAGGGAUCUUGAAGAAGGAAUGCUAUCACUCCAUUUUGCAACGCCAUGCCAUACCCUGUGGACGGCGCUUGAUUGGAGCCAAUUUCCUCCUACAACAGGACAAUGACCCAAAGCACAGCUCCAAACUAUGCAAUAACUAUUUAGGGAAGAAGCAGUCAGCUGGUAUUCUGUCUAUAAUGGAGUGGCCAGCACAGUCACCGGAUCUCAACCCUAUUGAGCUGUUGUGGGAGCAGCUUGACCGUAUGGUACGUAAGAAGUGCCCAUCAAGCCAAUCCAACUUGUGGGAGGUGCUUCAGGAAGCAUGGGGUGAAAUCUCUUCAGAUUAUCUCAACAAAUUGACAUCUAGAAUGCCAAAGAUCUGCAAGGCUGUAAUUGCUGCAAAUGGAGGAUUCUUUGACGAAAGCAAAGUUUGAAGGACACAAUUAUUAUUUCUAUUAAAAAUCAUUAUUUUAACCUUGUCAAUGAUUACGUUUCCUAUGCAUUUUGCUAUAUUUCCUAUUCAAACUGAUUUCAUGUAUGUUUUCAUGGAAAACAAGGACAUUUCUAAGUGACCCCAAACUUUUGAACGGUAGUGUAAGUCCUAAUAAUUUGAAAGACUGCUCAGAAAACCAGGUGUAUUAAUCGGCGUAAGCUUACUUCGAUUUUGACCUGACGCCGAUUAAGAUAAGCAGAGUAAAGUGUUUACAGGACAUUUCUAAGUGACCCCAAACUUUUGAACGUUAGUGUAGUCAUUGCGUGCUUGGAAUAUGGGACCAAAUACUACACUUUUGACUACUUUAGUACACUGAGUGAAUGUGUCCCAAUACUUAUGACUUAUGAAAAUACCCUCAAAUAAUAGGUGAGAUUAUUUACUGUAGCCUCAUAUCCAAAAUGCUGGAGUGUAGAGGCACAUUUUUUUUAUUUUAGCUUCACUGUCCAAAUACAUAUGGAGAUGAGUGUACAUUAUAGAAGUGAGGAUGAUGUUGCUCAGGUCAUAGAGUUUGCCAGAUAUUUAACAGAGGUUGACGUUUAUUGUCAGAGUCUUGCCCUGGAGGCAGAACUGAGCAGUUUCCGCUAGAGUCAAGAUUGGCUAUAUCGUAAACAUGCUUUUUGGUCUUAAUUUAAGGUUAGGGCUAAGUAUUAGGGUUAGCAGUGUGGUUAAGGUUAGGGUUAGGUUUAAAAUCAGAUUUUAUGACUGUGCCAGCUAGUGAACACUCUACAGGGCUGCCUCUAGUACAUGAGUCAUCUGAAUAAAUGCCAACCUGCCUAUUUUAACAGUCCAGGUUGGAGGGUACAAUUAUACCAUAAUGUUAGGUGCCUACUGGAAUUCUCUUGGCUCUUGGUAUGGGCACAAGUAGGCACACUAUGACUUGGAACAGCAUGAUUUGGAUUGUUAUUGAAUACCUUCACCCCCUCCCCACCCACAUAAACAAAUACACACUUCUCACCACUGUAAUUUGUGCUAGUCCCCAUGCCAAGAGAACAGAGGAUUCCAGUAAGCACUUAAUAUGAGAGUCUAAUUGUACACUCCAACCUGUCCUGGUAAAUAUCUGGCACACUCUGACUUGAGCAACAUCAUUUGGAAUGUUAUUGAACACCUUCCCCAUGUUCUUGAUGAUGAUGAUGUUCUCUCUCUCUGCCCUCCCCAGACCCCCUCCCAGCCCGUCUGGUACCAUCUCGUCAGGCUACGGCCAGACCCAGAGCCGCUCGGUGCCCGUCUACGAGAUGAAGUUCCCUGACCUCUGUGUCUACUAG